CUGUCACCUGUCGGCAGGUUCCAUCCCCGCGCGUCCUCUCCGCUCCUCCACGACUCGCGUCGGCCUUUAAUGAGCGGAUCGUCGGCGGGGAAGCAGCUGCUGUGAGUCGCAGAGAUGGCGGCGAAGGGUUCACCCAAGAAGUCCCUGAAAAGUUUGUUCUCCAGGAGCGGCGCCGGUCCGGCCGCUCCGCCGGACAAGGAUGUGCAGAAGGCAGAGGGAGAGAAGAAGAAGUUUAAGUUCCUCAGUUUCAAGAUGAAGUCGAAGAAAGGCUCUGACUCCGAGAAGCCGGCUCCUGAGAAGCAGGAGGUGCUCAGUGCUGUGGAGUCCAGUGAUGCUGCCGAGGACAGAGAGGCAAGAAGCAGCAAGAAGUCUUCUCUUUACGGCACCGCACCCAGGUCAAAGAACAAAGAAUUCAGCUACUCAGAGAUGGACCUACGCAAGCCCAAAAGGAUGGCCACCUUCUCCUUUGGUCUGAGGAAGAAGAAGACGAAAGAUGAAGAGAACAUCUCUAAGAGCACUUUAGCCCUUCGCAGCCCGGGCACUAUAGAGCGUAAUGAGACUCCUCUGGACCUCAGUCACAAGGAGUUGGAUCAGGCCGACACGAAGAUCUUCCGUAUGUCUCAGCCGGAGCUUGACACCCGCAAGACAUUUGACAUCCCUUCUCCUCCCCCUGUGGCCGCUAACCAGUCAGAAUCACAUUUCAGUCUCCUCAACCAGCCGCAGUCAUCUGCCGCUGCAAACACCCGACCGGAAGCAAACCAGCCCCUGACGAACGGUUCCGCCCUGCUCGAGGUACACGAGGAACCGCAGAGAGCGCCGAUUGCUACCAUUCCUGAGCUGCAGCUGGAUAAUCCAGCCUCAUCAGACGAGACGGCGAGCGCUCCUGUUCGUGAUGAUGCACCCAAAAGCAAUUCAAAUUCAGCUGCUCCCGUGACUCAUCCAGAAGCCGCCCCUGUUGUUGAUCCCCGGGCCGUACCUAUCCUCCCAGAUAGCCAGCCUCCAGUCAUGCUUGACACCUCAGAUCACAACGCAGAAGUUGUUGACUCAGCGUGCACAAGCAACGGCCCGUGUGACAGUGUCAGCUCUCUUGCUGACUCCACCACAGUUUUAUUAUCACAUCAUGAACCUGAUGCUGAUGGUAUGGCUAACAGUACGACACCGAAUGAUCAACCCUCUCUGCCAAGCCAUGACUCCAGAUUUGACGGCUCUAUUACGGAGUCGACCCCUGUUCCUCACACUGACAGCUCAGCUCUCAGUGCAGAAUCUGAUCCUGUCCCCCAAGAGGUCUCAUUUCCUCACACUGAGAGCUCUACGCCUCCGACUGCCACCCCAGCCUCGUCUGUUAGCGGUGAAAAGAGUCCUGGUCCUGUUAAUCGGGAUGCAGUUUAUGGAGCGUUGUACGACUCGCUUUUCCCCCAGAAUUUUACCUCGGAGGUAGUGUCAGCCCUCUUAAACCCUCCACCUCAAAUUCAUACAGAGACAAGACGCCUUAACGCCAAAUUAGAGCCUGUCAUGGUUAAGACCCUGAAUGAAUGUCACACAGAAACUAAUGUUAUAUGCUCCCGCCUGUCAUGUGAGUUUGACUCCCCUAGUGAGAGCUCCAGAUUUACCCCUUACCAAACCUCCACUGCUGCUGAGCCUCAUAGAGACCCAGAUAUCCACAGCAGACCUUCCUCUCUCCAUUCAGCUUCCGAGCCAGCUGACGGGAACAACAUUCCCUACUCAGAGCUGACCCACUCGCUUUCAGAGGUGAAAUCAGACGGUUUCAGCCUCAAUCGAGACUCUGUCAGGUCAGCGCCUGUGGUUCAAAACUCUGCCCCUCCUGUUUCUGACUAUGUAACAUCCCAAGGGACGGACACUCAGGUUACAGCCUCCAUACAGAGAGUGAUCCUAGUCAAAGAGAUAGUCACAGACGAGGCGAGCGCCAAUACUGGCCGUGCCUCUCCUGCGCCUGAGAAAAUGAGCGCAACGGAGGCUCACGAGAUAUUAAGAAUUGAGACUGCAGCUCCGCCUGGGCAGACGGACGGGCAUGACGGGCUUCUAAGUCCAACGUAUCUGAGCGUUGGAUCAGAUGACGGCAGUGCCAUGGAGAUCUAUUACAGCGCUGAAGAGGACAACGCAGAGGAGAGCGGGGAUGAAGAGAUGUGCACGGUGGAUGAAAGAGAAGAUAUUUGCGUGGUGGAUGGCGUGAGAGAGGUCGUCAGGGAGGUUCCACAGCAGGGGGUGGAUGCAGAAGGAGGGAUGAGCAAGAGAGAUGAGGGAGAACCGAGGGGGGUGACUGUUAAAAUGCAGAACGAGAGAUGCGAAAUGAGCGAUGAAGAGGAGAAAAAGGAUGUGAGCGGCCGAGCCGAAGUGCAGCAACGUGUGAGAGGUGAGAGUUCAGAGGCGCAAGUGCUGGACGCUGGAGGGUCUGAGUUUCUUGUAGGCAGUGAUGCAAAGAGUCAGGAGGAAGAAGUAGCAACCACAGGGCUUCCACAGGUGAGAGAAGAGGGGCAGGAGGAGAGAAAGGAGGAGGUACCGGCUGCACCGGUUCAGCAGGUGAGCACACUGAUGGAAUGCAGCGUUGCUCCACCCUCCAGUGAGCUGCAUGGGCAGGGGGAGGGGUCAGGGGGAAACUGGAUUGGAUUGGAAACAGAAGACCACCCUAAUGGAGGGAAGCAACUCCCAAGCCAGGAGAUAGAAUAUCUGGUUUACAAAGACAGCAGGAGCUCUGAAUGCAUAAAUGCUCCCUCCAGUAAUACAACAGAGGAGGACGUGAUCACACCCAAAUCCAGUGAGGCAGAAGAGCGAGUUUCACUCACUCCACAAGCAGACAAGAGAGGCGAAGUGAGCGAAGAGGGCACCGAAACCAAAAGUGCCACAAGUGCCGUCACAGAUACUUGUGGUGGAGCAGAGGUUGUCACUUUGGCACAAUCAGAUGCCACAGAGAUUGGACACAAUAGAGCUCCACGGUGUAGUGAGGGGGUGGAUACAGUCACACAGAGCACAGACAGGAGCUGGACGGUGCAGCAACAGGUGGCAGUCGAGCUGUCAGCCGCGGACGCAGACGCACGCCGUCCUGAUCCCGAAGCUGCAGACGAGCCCGCGGGCAGGGACGAGCAUCCGGCAGAAGCCAAACUCGACCUGAAUCAGGGGUCCCUGACAGAUUCACAGACACCGACAGCAUCUUCAAGGGUCGUUGCUGCAGAAAAUCAGCCCCCUGAAGCUGACCGGGAAUCAGAUGACAAAAUGAAUUCAGGCUACAGCAGCCUAAGCACCAAACUGUCUAUGAAAAAUCCCUCUUGCCCGAAAGAGGAGGAGCCCAAACUUCGUUUCCAUAAAGUAUCUCUGAUCAGUGAGGCUGAUACGGCCUCUGAGGCCAGCCAGGAUGCAGUGGACGCUACAACCACCACUGUGACUGAGUUAAAUGGAGCAGAUCUGAGCUCAGAGUACAGGUGGAAGAAUAGAUUUGAGGGGGUUUCUCAGUAUAAGCCAUACAGAACAGAGAAUUCCUCUGUUUCUGAUUCUCCCAGUUACAGAAUGUCUGACCUCUACACCCCUAACACAUACUUGUCCUCCUCUGCUCUCCCCGAGGCUGCAGCACACAAAUAUCUCGGCUACGGCUACGCCUUUUCCUCCUCCCCCCCCACCUCUUCACAGGAACCUAUUACAUUUGGCGACAGGCUGAAUGACAGGACCAGAGUUUAUCUGAGCCACGGGGGUGAGUCAGCGGUAGAGCAGAAAGGUGAGUGGAGGAGUCGCUCAGCGGAGCAGGAGGAGCCUGCUGCACCUGCAGGUGAAAGCGAGCAGCAGAGGGAGGGAGAGUCAGAGAGGAUAAAGUCAGUCUGGGACUCGCAGCAGCUCCCUGAGUCCGGCCUCUCCUCUGCACAACAACCCAGCUCCGACAGCACCGACAGUUUCAAAGAGGACGCCGACGACUCAUCCCGCUUUACUGGAGUGUUCCAGGCCACGCUUGUGGAGCUGGUCUCCGACCCCGCAGCUCCACCCUCCACUCCCCCUGCCUCCCCCGAAACAGAAUCCCCCUGCCAGUUUGAAAUGGAUAGCCUGGUGGAUACCCUGAAGAGCAUGGGACCCUCCCUGAGGCCGAGGAACAUGGGCCUGCGCGCGGCAGCUCCGGGCCUCGUCUCCUCCCUGCCACCGAUCGUGGAGGAUGCUCCCAGCCCCGUCACCACUGACACCCCUGCCUCCCUCACCAGCCCCGUAAAAAAGAUGGAAGCCUCGGGCAACCGUGCCGAGUCCCUCAACGGACUUUACACCCUGCCUGUUGACCUGGGACUGAAGAGGAGCACCACCAGAGACACUCGUUCACCGCUGGAACUGAUGAAGCAGAACCAGCAGCAGGACCAGAAGCCUGGAGCAAAAGCUCUGAACCCUCCACUGAGAUCAUCAGCUACCAGCAGUAUUGUAAUGAGAGCGUCUUCUUUCGAGGACUUACAAUCCCCGGCACUUAAUGGCAACGGAUCACUUCUGUCCUCCAGCCCUGGCUCUCGCCUAGACAGCAGUGUCAUCUUUGGAGGCCACAGGUCAACAUCCAUAGAGCAGACGUUUGAAACCGGACAGGCCCGGCGCCCCCUUUUCCACACCGCCUCGCUGCCUGAAACGGGGCUUUCAAACGAUCGCAUGAGUGUGGGAACGAAGGAGCUUGAAGUGGGCGCCGGAACAGACCCACUGGUAUCCCGCUUUGAGCGCUUUUCGUUCCUUUUGAACUCCUCAUCCUCCACAUCUGGCUCCUUGACCGGGGCCGACGAGUCCAACUCCCGCAUGAGUCGGCCUCCACAGCUGGGCAUCAGCUCCCCACCCUCCAGCAACAGCCCCACCCGCCUCCUCAGCCCCACCGGCUCCAUAGACCUCCACAGGCCGUUCACCACCACAGACUCUCCCUUAUCUAUGUUUGGCCAGACGCAGGGGGUGGGGAAGGGCGUAGGUUCUGGGGGAGUGGGCACUCCCAUCCUGCAGAGGAGCUUCAGCAGCGAGGGCGUCACAGGGGUCCAGCAGACUUCAUUGUUCAACAGUGUGCAAGGAGGAGGGUCUCCACUCCAGAGCCAAGAACCUGAGCCUGAGAAGAAUUUAGCUUCAAAAUACAGAGCCUUCCCUGAUGCUUAUCUCACUAAAGAGAAGGAGCAUGGGAAGCUCAAUCCUCGUCCUGGAAAGAUGUACAUCUUUGACCGGCCAGGGAUGUGCGGUCAGAGGAUCGAGGUGCGCAGCGAUGUCGUCGAUUGUACGCCAUGGGAGCUGCAGGAGACCAUCUCCAUCAGGGUUGUCCGAGGAGGGUGGGUGCUGUACGAGAAGCCGAACUUCAAAGGGGACAAGAUCGCUCUGGACGAGGGCGACAUCGAGCUCACCUACCCCUUCAACCCUCCAGAGGAGCAGCAGCAGCAGAACGGGCAGAAGGAGGGUGAGGAGCAGAAGGGAGAAACCAGCGGCAUGCAGACAGAGAGCAAGCCGGCCAGGAAGUUCAUCAUCGGAUCCAUUCGCAGAGCUGUCAGGGACUACAGCGUCCCAGAAAUCAGUCUUUUCCCAGAAGAGAACGCGGAGGGCAAGAAGGUCAUCUUCAGAGAUACAUCUGAAGAUGCCAGGAUCUUUGGCUUCCCCAUCAAGGCUAACUCUAUCAUCAUUAAUGCCGGGCUGUGGCUCGUGUACGCACAUCCCUUCUUCCAGGGUGUACCACGUGUCCUGGAGGUGGGGGGGUACUCCAACCCUGCAGCCUGGGGAGUGGAACAGCCCUAUGUGGGAUCACUGCAUCCACUCAAAGUUGGUGAACCAAGAGUGGAAAAUACAAGUGAACCAAAGAUGGUGAUCUACGACAAGCCGUACUUCAGCGGGAGAUCAAGGACCAUAACAACCAACAUUAGGGACUUCAUGACCCGGACAGACAUGCAGCAGAUGGCCUUCAUGUACAAUGUCGGCUCCCUUAAAGUACUGGGAGGAAUCUGGGUGGGCUACGAGAAGGAGGGCUUCCGAGGCCGCCAGUACCUGCUGGAGGAGGGGGAGUACCAUGACUGGAGGGUGUGGGGAGGCUGUGAUUCUGAGCUGCGCUCUGUUAGGGUGAUACACGCGGACCUGACAGAACCCUUGAUGGUGAUGUUUGAACAGCCAGAGGACCAGGAGGGCAUGCAGGAGGAGAACACCUUCGAGGUGACGGAGGCCAUUCCUGACGUUGAGCUGUUCGGGUACAAAACCUCCACGCGCUCCAUCCACGUACUCAGCGGGGCAUGGAUCGGCUACUCCCACGUGGACUUCUCUGGGAACCAGUACGUCUUAGAAAAAGGUUUCUACAACAACUGUGCAGACUGGGGUUCUCAGGACAACCGCAUCUGCUCGGUGCAGCCCAUCCUCCUGGCUCCAAGUGACAACCCAGGGAUCAAGAACGAGGUGAUACUGUACUCUGAGCCAGACUUCCAGGGUGAAUGUCACAUCUUUGACUGCAACCAGGAAGCAGUGACGGAAAAAUUACUGACCAAGUCCUGCAGAGUGUCGGGGGGAAGCUGGGUGAUCUACCAGGAGAAGCAGUUCUCUGGAAACUUGUAUGUGUUAUCUGAAGGAGAUUACCCCAAUUUAACCAGCAUGGGGUGUCCGCUCGGCUUCACCAUCCGUUCAAUCAAGGCCGUGCCUGUGACAUUCUCAGUUCCCUCCAUCUCCCUGUUUGGCCUCGAGUGUCUGGAGGGCAGAGAGAUCACCACAGACACGGAGAUCCUCAGCAUGGCUGAAGAGGGCUUCAACGACCACAUCCUGUCUGUCAGAGUCAACAGCGGCUGCUGGGUGAUAUGUGAAUACAGCAACUACAGGGGGCGCCAGUUCCUACUGGAACCGAUUGAAAUCACCAACUGGCUGAAGUUUAGUUCUCUACAGACUGUUGGCUCGAUGUUCCCAGUCAGACAGAAGCGCCGCUUUUUCCGCAUCAAGAACAAAGAGCGAGGUCACUUCAUGUCCAUCCAGGGCGGCGUGGAGGAGAUGAAAUCAGGGCGAGUGGUGGUCAGCAAAGAAGUGGAGCCAAUGAGCGACAUCUGGUUCUAUCAGGACGGCUUCAUCAAGAGCAAGUUGGCCCCCACCAUGAGCCUUCAGGUGAUGGGCAACAUAGAGCCGGCAGCCAAGGUGGUUUUGUGGACAGAAACCCGGCAGCCUAUCCAGACCUGGACGGCCCAGAUGAGAGGCCUCAUCACCAGCCUCACUUUCCCCGGCAUGGUCCUGGAUGUGAAAGGUGGCAAAACGUACGACAAGGACCACGUGGUGAUUAUGCCGGAGAAUGGGGAGAGGCCGAGCCAACAGUGGGAGAUCGACUUGUUGUAAAAACCUCUAAAUCACUAAGCUUUCCUCAGCAGUGCAUCAAUGGUGCCUUAUGCCAGUGCCUUCACCUCAUGUCGUAAGAAUGCAAUGAAGCAACACAAGCCCUGAGAAGCUGCGCCAGACAGUUUAGUGCUUUGCAAAGUUUUGUUAGUUUGUGCUCAUGUCAUGAAAUUGUUCCAUUUUCUCCAAGUCCGAUCGUGAUUUUCUGUAUGCGGGGACUACAAAGAAAGAAAACUGUAGACGUGCUGCAGCGACUGGGUUCAUGACACGAGCUGCAAAUCAAGAAUGUGUUUUUGAAGGCGUAGUGAACUACUACGUACAAACCCAGCCCAGAACCAUUCGAUUGUAUGUGGUUCGAUCUUUCCACGUCUUUGACUUUGACCUGCAUGUUAUCGUUUGACUAUUCAAACUAGUUUGUGUGAUUCCAGUCUCAUGCAAAUGUCCUCGCUUUAGAAGCACCGCAGUAGAUGCUUUCAGAAGUUUGUUUACAAUGGAGCAGAAUCAAUAGCUGCCUCUGGAGCGAUCAGCGAGUGGCUACCGAUGCUUUAUACACAAGUAAUGGACGAAUGAAGCCAAACGAAUGUGUGGUGCGCGAGAAAUGUAUGCUCUGCUUUUUUAAGGUAUUUUUUAAAUAUAUGCUGUAUGCAUCAAUGUUUGUUUUGUGGGAAAUGUUGCCGUUAUGUAUGCAGUAUAUUACAUUGCAAUGCGCAGUGCCAUGAAAAGGGUUGUGUGUGUCCAGUUACUCUAUUUCUUGUUGUAUUUUUGUUAUAAGUCAGAUUGUUACAGGAAAAUGUACGCGUGUUACUGGCAUCGGCUGUAUGUUAAUAUUUGAUGCUAAAGACAGGAUGUAAAAUGUUAUGUAAGAGGGAGUGGUCUUAAAAUAUUGAAUAAAAUUAUUAAAUAAAACAAAGCUGACUAAGUUAUUUAAAAAGAACCAUAAAAAAAAAAAUUUGCAUGUGUAAAUACAUGUUGUUUUCCACUGUUUAAACACUAUCCACCC